AUGGCUGUUGAUCCAUCUGCACGAUCUGAGGGAAAACCUCUCACGAUCUCCCAAUGGCGAGAGAUACAAGGCACUGCUUCGGAGCCGACACACAUUCUGACUCUCAUUGAAGAGCAAGCGCAAUCAAAUACAUCGAAUGCCUGGAUUUCUCUGGCAAGACCGGCGCAGAUCAUCGAGCAAUGGGAGAAGAUCAUAGCGCUUCGAUCGCAAGGGGUCGACCUUCCGUUAUUCGGAGUGCCCUUCGCUGCGAAGGACAACAUCGACGCCGCAGGAUUCUGCACGACUGCUGCAUGCCCAUCAUUCGGAACCAAGCCCGUCGCUGCCGACUCGACUAUAGUCCGAAGGCUGAAAUCACUGGGAGCCAUUCUCGUCGGAAAGACCAACCUCGAUCAAUUCGCAACCGGCCUCGUCGGCACCCGCUCACCAUACGGCGCCGUUGCUAACUCCUUUGACCCAAGCCGGGUCAGCGGCGGGAGCAGCUCGGGAAGCAGUGUAGUCGUCGCUCAGGGAUUGGUUCCUUUCUCGCUCGGCACCGACACGGCUGGGUCUGGUCGCAUACCUGCUGGCUUCAAUAACAUCGUCGGACUGAAGCCCACACGAGGAGCUCUGAGCACACAUGGUGUGGUGCCGGCUUGUCGCUCGCUUGAUUGCGUUUCGAUCUUCGCGCUGACACUCGAAGAUGCGGAUGAAGUCCUUCGCCUGGCUGAGGGGUUUGAUGUUCUCGAUGCAUACUCUAGAGAUCGCAGCGGUUGUGCGACUAAGACCUCUCCACGGGGAGCUCUACCACCGCAACCGACGUUGGCUAUUUGUGCCGACCCACAAUGGUUUGGACACACAGAGCAGGCCGUCGCGUACGAGGCGGCAUUGGCUAAAGGCGAACGGUUAGGUUGGAAGCUGAAGCAAGUUGACUUCACACCUCUCUUCGCUCUUGCCACACUCCUGUACGAGGGCCCAUGGGUUGCCGAGCGAUAUGCUGCAAUCCAGAAUUUCAUCCAGUCGGCACCGGCGGAUGCCAUGGAUCCCGUUGUUCGUGGCAUCAUCAUGAAAGCCGAACAGUUCACCGCCGCAGACGUCUUCGACAAUGAAUACCGUCGACAAGACCUCGCUCGCGAGAUUGAGCAGAUCUUUGGCAAGUACGACGCCUUGCUAGUUCCCACCGCACCGACAUUUCCCACGAUGCAAGACCUCAAGGAUGAGCCUGUCCUCACGAAUAGUCAACUGGGGAUGUACACCAAUUUCGUCAAUUUUCUGGAUUGGUCUGCGUUGGCAAUACCCGCCGGAUGGAGGAAAGACGGCUUGCCUUUCGGCAUUACGUUGAUCGGGGGCGCGUGGGAGGAGCCACGACUGAUGGAGCUUGCUCGGAGAUGGAUGUCUGACUCUCCACGUACAUUGGGCGCUACAGGGAGGACUUAUCAAGAGCCUCCACGCAGCCUUCCAGACGAAGUCAGCUCUAUACCAGUGGCGGUAGUUGGUGCUCAUCUUACCGGCUUCCCGCUGAACAAUGAUCUGACUUCCCGGGGUGCAACUCUUGUCGCAUCCACGGCCACUGCCCCGAAAUAUCAACUGUUUUCCCUCAACACCACAGGCCCGGUACGAAAGCCUGGUCUGAAACGGGUCGUCGACGGCGGAGACUCGAUAGAAGUUGAAGUAUGGAGUAUGCCGCUCGACAAGAUGGGUAGCUUUCUCGGCACGAUCGUGGCACCUUUGGGUCUCGGAUCCAUUGAAUUGGAGAAUGGUCACUGGGUACAAGGGUUCAUCUGCGAGCCUAUUGGUCUUGCAGAUGCGGAGAAUAUCACAAAUUUCGGUGGGUGGCGAGCGUACAUGAAAUCACUUCAGACGACCACUCCAGCGCCUUCACACAAAACACCAUCGGUACCUUUUGAAGUUGAUGAAGUCAAGGCCAUCAAAAGAGUGCUAAUUGCCAAUCGCGGCGAGAUAGCCCUUCGUAUCAUUCGGACCUUGCGCGACAUGAAUAUCUCCUCUGUUUCCAUCUAUUCAUCUGCAGAUGCUCGCGCGCCGCACGUCACCGCUGCCGACACAGCCUUUCCGCUGACUGGUGACACGGUUUCCGACACCUAUCUGAAUGGCAAGCAGAUUCUCGACAUAGCCAAGGAAGCAGGUGCAGAUGCCGUGAUUCCCGGAUAUGGUUUCCUCUCAGAGAACUCCGACUUUGCCGCAGCCGUCGAGGCUGCAGGACUGAUCUGGAUAGGCCCGACUCCGAAGCAGAUGAGUGAUCUAGGUCUGAAGCACAGUGCUCGUGAGAUUGCCAUAGCUGCGGGCAUUCCAGUCGUCCCGGGGAGCCAAGGCCUGGUCACCAACAUCGACGACGCCUUAGCAGAUGCGGAGAAGAUUGGAUAUCCCAUUAUGGUGAAGAGCACUGCUGGUGGAGGCGGAAUCGGUCUUCAGAGGUGUGCGGACGCGCAUGCACUGCGCGAGGCAUUCGACGGUGUACGUCGGCUCGGCCAGGCGAACUUUGGUGACGAUGGUGUUUUCAUCGAGCAUUUUAUCGACCGCGCACGACACGUCGAGGUUCAGGUCCUAGGCGAUGGAUCAGGCCGUGUCAUAUGCGCUGGCGAUCGCGAUUGUUCGCUACAGCGACGCAACCAAAAGGUUGUUGAAGAGGCACCAGCCGCUUUCGUUCCCAUCGAGAUACAGGCCGACAUGCGGCGCGCUGCUGCUGCUCUCGUCGCCUCGUUGAAAUAUCGCAAUGUUGGCACUGUCGAGUUCAUCUUUGACAUCGAUGUCAACAAAUUCUACUUUUUAGAGAUGAACACUCGCCUACAGGUAGAGCAUCCCGUGACCGAAGCUGUGACGGGUCUGGAUCUCGUCCAAUGCAUGAUGCGCAUAGCCAUGAACGACUGCGCUGCGCUCUUUCCCCAACAAGUCAACGAAACUCCCACGCGCGGUGCCGCAGUCGAGGCCCGCGUGUAUGCCGAGAGCCCUCUUCAGGGAUUUCGGCCUUCCCCGGGAAAGCUGCUGAAUGUCCAGUUCCCAUCCGAUGUCCGAGUUGAUACUUGGGUGAGCUCAGGGCAGGAGGUCUCGUCGUCGUUUGACCCAAUGAUCGCGAAGAUCAUCGCCUACGGGGAAGACCGCCGUGAAGCACUUCACAAGGUCUCGAAGGCUUUAGCGAAAACGACGAUAACGGGCAUCGAAACGAACCUGGAGUAUCUCCGUCAGAUCGUUGAUUGGGAUUUGUUCCAUUCCGGAGAGUUCACGACAACUUCGUUGAAUGCAUUCCCUUUCAAUGCUCAAGUGUUAGAAGUCAUUGAUGUUGGUUCCGGAACGUCUGUUCAGGAUUUCCCAGGCCGUCAAGGCCUCUGGCAUAUCGGCAUACCGCCGUCUGGCCCUAUGGAUUCCUACUCCUUCCGUUUAGCCAACAGAAUUCUCGGUAAUGGAGACGAUGCUGCGGGUCUUGAGUGCUCAAUUCAAGGACUGAAACUUCUUUUUCACUGCCCUACUACCAUAGCCGUUGUUGGUUCUGAUGCACCCUUAUAUGUCGAUGGAAAACAAGUAGACAGUGGUGUGCCCAUCAAGAUCAAAGCGAAACAAGAACUGACCAUCGGAACGUCGAACAACGGAUCCCGCGUCUAUCUAGCCGUUCGUGGAGGCCUUCAGGUUCCUAAAGUCCUCGGCAGCCGUUCGACUUUCGCAAUUGGGCAUUUUGGCGGAUACAACGGACGCAUUUUGCACAUUGGUGAUCUCCUCCCCAUAGAAUCUAAUGACCAAGAAGAGCUUUCAGUAGCCUUGAAGGCGCCAGCCCUUCCCCUGCCUACCUCCGACAACCGAGAAUGGAUCGUUGCUGCGGUGCCAGGCCCGCAUGGCGGGCCUAUCCAUUUCACACAAAAAGCGCUUCUAGAGCUAUUCAAUGGCGUUUGGACGGUUCACUACAACAGCAAUAGAUUGGGUGUUCGUCUGACAGGUCCUCGACCUAAAUGGACUCGGAAGACUGGUGGAGACGCGGGGUUGCAUCCUUCCAAUAUCCACGACAGCCCUUACUCCAUCGGUAACAUCAGCUUCACGGGUGAUGAGGCGGUUGUACUGACGGCUGAUGGCCCAAGUCUAGGAGGGUUUGUUUCCUUCGCUACGAUUGUCGACGCUGAAAUGUGGAAGUUUGGUCAGAUGCUGCCAGGCGACCGCGUGCGAUUACGUUCUGUCUCCCUUCACGAUGCACUGGAGCUAUCGAAGGCCGUGGAGCAAUCCAUCGCUGAGCUCAGCCCGCUUGCGGCGCAAGCAUAUCAGGAAGCAAGUGUCUCCACCCUGAUCGAUCCGGUCGUGAAGGAGAUCCGCCACGCUGGUCGUUUCAUUCGAUGCUGCCAGUCAGGCGAUCGAGCGUUGUUGCUCGAGUUCGGCGAAGAAGAUGACUUCACGCUGAGGCAAACAUUCCAUGUUAUGACUUUCAUGGAGAAGCACCGAAAAUAUCCCAUGACUGGCGUCAGGGAGCUCACACCAGGAGUCCGAAGCAUCCAUGUCCGCGUGGAUGAGAACAUGCCAUUAGAUCAAGUACUCGACGCGCUUGUUGCGCAUGAAAGUUCACUUGGGACUGAGAUUCCCUCGCGACUACCCUCGCGUAUCGUCAAGAUGCCACUCGCCUUUGACGACGAGAAGAGCCGCAAGGCCAUCGCUCGUUAUAGUUCGACGAUCCGUUCCUCGGCACCAUAUCUCCAUUCCAACAUCGAGUUCCUGCAGAAGCUGAACGGGCUUGACAGCGUCAACGAGGUGGAGACCACUCUCUACGAUGGCACUUUCCUGGUACUGGGACUUGGAGACGUGUACCUUGGAUCCCCCUGUGCCAUCCCAUUAGACCCCCGCCAUCGUCUCUUCGGAACGAAAUACAACCCCUCUAGAUCCUUCACACCCCGCGGCGCCGUCGGCAUCGCAGGCCAAUAUUUGUGCAUCUACGCCACCGACUCGCCGGGCGGCUACCAACUCGUCGGUCGCACAGUGCCUAUUUGGGAGGACUUCCACGGAUCUGAAUUGAACGGCGAGGUUCCGUGGAUGUUCUCGCUCCUAGACCAAAUUCAAUUCUACCCUAUCGCUGAGGACGAGCUUUCGGCGGCGGAGCGCAAUGGCACGGCGGUCGACCUGAUUAAUAUAUCUAACACCACGCUAGAUCUUGAGGAUUAUGAGCGUUGGUUGAAGGAGAACGAGGAGGAUAUCAUUGCCGUGAGGGAGCAACGGAUGAAUGCGGUGCACAAGGCGGAUUUCUACGAAGACCUGCUGAAGCCUUACGAACUGACGGUGAAUGGUGCAAAUUCGAGACUUGGUAGCGACGAAUCUGUGCCCGGGGAGCGUGUCAAGGCGCGUCUCCCCGGCAGGUGUUUCCGUUGCGCGGUGGAAGAGGGGGAUGAAGUGCGGAGUGGACAACCUUUGAUAUGGAUCGAGUCGAAUAAGAUGGAGGUUAAGAUUUGUGCACCAAAAGACGGGAAAUGCGUGAGGCUGCUGGUUGGAGAGGGCGAUGUCCUGGGAUCGAAUGAUGAUAUUGCGAUCAUUUCAUAA